AUGGGAAAGCAUGGAAUUCGUGGAAGAAAGCGUAAAAAAGUCGCGGAUUCUCAAAGAAAGGGUGCUAAACAGAACUAUGUUCUUGCAACAAAUGAACGAUCAAAUAUGUUAUUCUUCGAAUUUUACAAGCUUCAGCGUCUCAUAAAUGACGAUGAAUGGGACUCAUUCGUCGAUUGCUUAAAAUCUGAUCUGCCAACUUCAUUUCGUAUUCGAGGAUGUCAUAGGGAAGCAGAAACUUUGAUUAAAAUUAUGAAUGAACGUUAUUUUACUGCAAUGAUAAAUUUAUCGGAGAAUGGUAUUAGUGGUAUUCAUGUGCCGCAAUCUCUUCCUUGGUAUCCUCAAGCGUUUCAAACGAUUAUGCCGCGUAAUGCGAUUCGCAAAACUGUUAGCAUGAUUCCUCCAUUGCUACUGAACAUUAAACCCCACCACAAUGUUCUUGAUAUGUGCGCUGCUCCUGGUAGUAAGACGAUGCAAAUCGUUGAAAUUAUGCACGAUCUCUGCGAUUCCAAGACUUCGCCUGAAGGUAUAAUCGUUGCUAAUGAUGUUGAUAAUACACGUUGUUAUUUAUUAGUACGGCAGGUUUUAAAACGAAUGCCAGUUUCGAAUUGUAUUGUAAUAAACGAAGACGCUGCUCAUUUACCUGAUAUGUUUCUUAAUGAGGAACCAUCUGAUCCAUUGUUAUUCGAUCGUAUUUUAUGCGAUGUAAUGUGCAGUGGUGACGGAACAUUCCGUAAAAAUAUCGAUUUAUGGAGCUCAUGGAAGCCGCAAAAUGCUUUGGGUCUACAUAAGUUGCAAAUAAAUAUUUCUCGGCGCGCACUGCAAUUAUUGGCUGUUAAUGGUAUAAUGGUUUACUCGACUUGUUCAUUAAAUCCUUUGGAAGAUGAAGCAGUGGUUGCAAGUCUGUUGAGGUAUGGUGAAGGCGCUGUUGAAUUAAUCGACGUAUCUAAUAAUCUCCUAGCACUGAAAAGGUCUCCUGGUGUAUCUCAGUGGAAGGUAUAUGACAAAGAUCUAACAGAAAUCACUACGCCUUCUGAUGUUCCUGAAUGUUUAAAAAAAUUGAUCGUUCAAUCCAUGUUUCCUCCUAAUGCUGAGGAAAAAGAAAAAUUCCACUUAAAUCGUUGUUUUCGUAUUUUGCCCCAUUCUCAAAACACUGGUGGAUUUUUUGUGGCAGUACUGCGCAAACUAAAAUCUUUGGGUAAUAAGACCUUCACCACACCAGCAUCUUCUGCGCCUUUGGCAAAAAGGCGAAAAAUUUACAAGGAAGAACCUUUCAUAUUUCUUGCUAAUGAUGAUGAUCGAUGGAAGGAUAUAUCUCAAUAUUAUGGUGUCAAAGAUUCGUUCAGAAGUCAAAAUUUAUUUGGACGUAUCGCCGACUCAGAAAGACGAAGAACACUUUAUUAUGUUAACGAUAGUGCUCGGCGAUUCAUCCAGUAUAACAAUAAAAUUAAAAUAAUCAAUGCGGGUCUGCGGAUGUUUGGUCGUGUUGAAAGUAAAUUCGUGGAAUGUCGAUUUCGUUUAUCACAAGAUGGAGUAAAAGUGAUUUUGCCUUAUAUUACAAAAAGGAUUCUGAACAUCGAUGUGGAAGAUAUGUAUAAUUUAUUACAGACCACAGGAAAGUUUAUUCCUCGAGAGAAACUGAAAUGCAGUGAAAAAUUAAAUCUGUUCACUCCUGGCAGUUUGGUUCUUGUUUGUUCCAUUGAUGGUAUGCAGAAUGUUGUUUGUACUUGGUUGGGAUCGAAAACUAUUUCCCCAUUUGUUGGAAAAGAAGAAAGUAUUCAUAUGAUACGCAUGCUUGGAUAUGACACUACUGAAAUGGAAAACCAAAUCUUCAAAAAGGAUAAAGGAAGACGACAAAAACUUAUUGACUGCCAGACUGCUAAUGACGAUACGGAAGAAAUUAAAGAAUUCUAG